CUGUGCAUAUGUUCAUACCAGUUCCCAGAAUUGACCUGACAAAUAUUGACCAGGUUGCUGCAAUCUUCAAACACCAUUUUCCUGUGGGUAGACGUGAUGCAGUGCUGAAGACCCGGGUCCCCGUUCAGUGACUUUGCUCUAGAAUGGGGCCAGCUUGGCUUUGGCUGCUGGGAGCAGGGAUCCUGGCCUCUGUCCACUGUCAGCCCCUUCCUGCCCAUGGACAUAAAAGCCUGCAGGGGCCUCAACCUCCCAGGCAUCACCUCUCAGAGCCAGCCCCCGCCUACCACAGAAUCACACCCACCAUUACCAAUUUUGCUUUGCGUUUGUAUAAAAAGCUGGCAGCAGACACCUCCGGAAAUGUCAUCUUCUCACCGGUGAGCAUCUCCACCACCCUGGCCCUGCUCUCUCUUGGGGCCCAAGCUGAUGCCUCAGCUCUGAUUUUGGAGGGCCUAGGAUUCAACCUCACAGAAACCCCAGAAGCGGACAUCCACCAGGGCUUCCAGAGCCUCCUCCACACCCUUGCCCUGCCCAGCCCCAAACUCGAACUAAAAGUAGGAAACUCCCUGUUCCUGGACAAGCGACUAAAGCCUCAGCAGCGCUAUCUGGACACCAUCAAGGAGCUUUAUGGAGCUUUUGCUUUUUCUGCCAACUUCACAGAUUCUGUUACAACUGAGAGGCAGAUUAAUGACUAUGUGAGAAGGCAAACAUACGGGCAAGUCGUGGACUGCCUCCCGGAGUUCAGCCAGGACACGCUCAUGGUUCUCGCCAAUUACAUCUUCUUCAAAGCCAAGUGGAAGCACCCUUUCAGUCGCUACCAGAUCCAGAAGCAUGAAAGUUUCUUCGUGGAUGAGAGGACCUCUCUCCAGGUGUCCAUGAUGCACCAAAAGGAAAUGCACAGAUUCCUCUAUGACCAGGAAUUGGCUUGCACCGUCCUCCAGAUUGAAUACAGUGGAAAUGCCCUGGCCCUGCUGGUCCUCCCUGACCCAGGGAAAAUGAAGCAGGUGGAGGCCGCUCUGCAGCCAGAGAUCCUGAGAAAAUGGGGCCAAUUGUUCCUGCCCAGUCUGUUGGAUUUGCACUUGCCAAGGUUUUCGGUUUCUGGAACAUAUAACCUGGAAGACAUACUUCCCCAAAUUGGUCUCAUCAACAUACUCAACUUAGAAGCUGACUUCUCAGGAGUCACUGGGCAGCUCAACAAAACCAUCUCCAGGGUGUCACACAAGGCGAUGGUGGACAUGAGUGAGAAGGGAACUGAGGCAGGGGCUGCUUCAGGCCUCCUCUCCCAGCCCCCAUCUCUGAACGCCACGUCGGCCCCACAUGCUCACUUCAACAGGCCUUUCCUCUUGCUCCUUUGGGAGGUGACCACCCAGAGCUUACUCUUCCUGGGAAAAAUUGUCAACCCAGUUGCAGGGUAACUGUGGUGGGAAGCCAGAGGGUAUCUUAUCUCACCCUGGACCAAACAGAUUGGCCAGCACCAGCCUGCAUCCUGGUGCUGCUAUACGGACCAGCUAAUCAGUGUGCCAAGAUUCUAAUAAAGUUGACCUUGGGUUUUGUGAACACUAA